AUGCCAGCCGGCAAUGGUGAAUUGGAUUUGAGCCAUAAGCAUUGUCCUUCUAUGCCAAGACCCCUUCAAUCCCCACAGGAUGUUGCCAAAAAGGAGUGUGCGCCCGCCGUUCAGCCCCCAGAACAACGGGUGACCUUGAGCCUGGAAGCCGUUUUGCCGCCACACAGCCCUGACCAUACGUGGGAUGAUCGGAAGCCUCAGCUUUUAUGGUUUGCCAAUGAAGCAUGGCUAUUCAAGCUGUCCAGGGCCCCUCCGUGCAAACUACAUCCCCUGCCUGAGGGAUUACGUCUACCGGACGUUUGCUACUGGCCCCUCAUUCAUCCCACUCCAGCUGAUAACCCUGCCCACCAGUUGACACUCUACCUGGAUGGAGCGGCAAAUGGCACCCAUGCUGCCUGGAGUGUUAUUGCCACCAUUAACCUGCCCAUCGGAGAGGUCUUCAUCGGUUGCAUGUACGGAUGUGUACAUCUUGAGCCUGACAACACCCAAUGGAUUGGGGCUGAUGCCAUGGAUAACAUUGCAGCAGAGCUCUCAGCCAUGGCCAUGGCACAAACCUGUGCUCUCCGCUGGCCCUACAGUGAUCACCUGAUAUGCAUACGUCCAGAUUUGUCCUUGAGCCGCACAGUUGCCAACGCCAUCACUACAUGCCGAUCCAACGCCUGUCUUGCACAACUCUGCCGCAUUCAAGGCUUAUGGCUCACAGCAAGGACUGAGAUCUCUGAAAUCAGAGGCCACCAGGGCCAUGCCUGGAAUGAACUUGCGGACGCAGUGGCGAAAUGGGCCCUGAUCCAGGGAUCGCACGACGCUGAACCCAGUCUAGAUGCUCUCCAUGAAUUUGCAUUGCAGACACAUGAUGUUGCCUGGGCAUGGAUGCAAACCACGCAUCCGGCGCUCUCUGCUUGCUUCCCAAGCCUCAUUGACCAACAAGUAAUGCAGUUUGACUCCUCCGACAUGCGCAUCCAGCAGACCCUUGUGCGGCCUGAGCACAGUGGCAGCCUGAGCCAGAGCCAUGCCCAAUGGACCAUGACUGUCAUUACUGCGAAUGUACUGGCCGCUGAGGUUUGGAGUGUACAGCCACAGGGGUCCAGAAGAACUGGCCAACGCACCCUCCGUCUUGACAAUCAAUGGCACAAGCAUGGGGCGCACGUCAUUGGCGUGCAAGAAGCGCGCACAGCAGCUGGGCAAUAUCAUUCACCACAUUACCGUAUAUUUGCGUCCGGAGCCACUGUGGCCAGAGCGCCACUAUAUGGUUGUGAAUUGUGGUUACAUAAAACUCAGCCCAUUGCCAAAGAUGCCCAGGGCAAUCCCAUCACCCUGGGUGAUGCCACGGUCUCCAUCCGCCAUGCAGACCCCAGACGUCUAGUUGCCGUAGCAAGCAUUGGCCAAGUCCACUAUACCUUUGUAGUCUUGCAUGCGCCAUGCCAAGCCACCCAGAGCGUGGAAACUCAGCCCAAUGGGGACGUAGUAGCCGAAUGGUGGAACACCACCAGUGCCAUAUGGAACAACACCGUCACCACUGACAUGUGCUGGCUCAUGGUGGACGCAAAUGCACCAAUUGAUGGAGAACAUGGUUGCCACACGGGGCCCCUAGGGGCUGAAAACCCUAGCAAAGCAGGCACAGCCUUCAUGCAAUUUUUAGCCGGCAACGAUCUUGCCGUCCCCAGCACCUUCCCGCACAUCCAUGAAGGGCAGACCACCACAUGGUCGCAUGCCACUGGAAAGCGAAGUCGUAAGGAUUAUGUUGCCAUCAAAGCCCAGAUGAUGCCAUUGGCCAUGCACAGCUGGGUGGACAUUCAUCAUGACAACACCUUUGCACACGCCGACCAUUUGCCGGUAGUCCUGGCAUGCAAGGGCUGGCAACAGCUCCACUCCUGUGCUCCCAGUUUCCGAUGGGAUGCAGAAAACUUUUGGACCCACAGUGCUGCCAGGACUUUCAGCAUGCCCUUAGAAAAGCAAAUUUUGCACCUCGGCCAACAGUUUUUUGCCAAACCCCCACGACAAACGCACAAAAUCAAGCUGCAGCCCGACACCCUUGCGAUUAUUGCCCUCAAGCGACAAGCACUGGACUAUGGCAGGGCCCAACAGGAGCUGAACUAUCCACCCUUUAAGGAAGAGCUCCGGCAGUUGGAGAAAAUGGUCCGCUGCAAAGUCCGCAGAGACACGCAAGCCUUCUAUGAUGCCCUCUUAGACCGGCUGGAUCAUGCAGGGGAGCUCCACAAUCAUCGCCUUGUGUACCAGCUGUUGACAAGGCUCGGCAGGAAAAAGGGAGGCAAGGCACCCGGGCCAAGGCCCCUUCCCAUGCUGAAGAAGGAAGAUGGCACAUUUGCAGCCACAUAUGAUGAACAGCAACGUAUGUGGAUGACGCAAUUUGCGGCCGUGGAAGCCGGUGUCCCGUGUAGCUGGGCCCAGCUGCAACAGAAGCACCGAGCUGAAGCUGAGGAUCUCAGAGUGACUCUCCCAGAUAUUGAUCCAACGGCCUUCCCAACGGUCUGGCAAAUACAAGGUCUCCUCUCCAGAUUGAAGCGAGACAAAGUGCCCGGGCCCAACCACUUGCCCCCGGCACUCCUCAAAGCAGGAGGAGAAGUCAUGGCAAAACAUCUCACCAUCCUCUUCACCAAAGCAGCUGCUGCUGCUCGUGAACCCCUGCUAUGGAAGGGUGGCACAUUGAUCCCACUGUGGAAAGGCAAAGAAGCACCGGAUUUACCAACCGCAUAUCGAAGCAUCUUCGUGUCCAACUAUUCGACCAAACUUUAUCACCAGUUUGUCAGGCAACGUUUGGUAGCAGUUUGGGAGCCGAAGGCUGACCAUCUCCAAUGCGGUGGCAGGAAGGGAGUAGGGGUCGAUAUUGCGCACCACGUGAUACAAUGCCAGCAAGCAUGGGUCACAGCCAACGCAACACCAUCGGCCAUCCUCUACAUCGACCUCAGGGCAGCCUUUUACACGGUGAUUCGGCAAACUUUCACCGAUCUGCCCUGCAAAAACCAAGCAUUCAUGCAGGCGAUGGCCACCCUUGGCGUUCCAUUGCAGGACAUUGCAACGCUUCUGGCAGCGGCUGAAAAAGAAUGUGUGACCGAGGGCCUCUCGGCACACCUCCAAAAGGUGCUACAUGACAUGAUGACAAACACAUUUUUUACCAUCCCUGGCCUCCAAGAUCCGUGCCACACCACCAGAGGCACGCGCCCAGGAGACCCAGUGGCAGACAUCCUGUUCAAUCUUUGCAUGACCAGCUUGCUGAAGAGCUUUCGCAGUUGCCUAGCACUUCAGUGUUCCAUCCCAUGGUUAGGUGGUGAGGCCCCGGUUCAGGACUACACUGUAGCUGAACCCAUGCCAGCUGAAGGGUUUAUCGAUGUAACCUUCGUGGACGACUGUGCCAUGCUUGUCCAUGCUCCCACCAACCAGCGCAUUGAGGAGGUCAUUAAAGCCCUGGUCACCUGUUUUGACCAAGCGGCCCAGUCCAGAGGAUUGCAGGUAAAUUUCGACAGAGGCAAAACCGAACUCCUUUGGAAUAUUCUGGGCAAAGGAGCAAAAGCCACCAAGCAUGCGCUGUACUCCCAAGGCAACACCCUCCAGUGGGAACAACAGGGUCACACGUACCGGCUGCACGUGUGUCACGCAUACAAGCAUCUAGGUACCUGGACCCAGACCAAGCACAGACAUGCCAGAGAAAUCCUAGCACGAGCCAGUGCUGCGCGCCAGCAAUGGGGCCAAUUGGCACGCCCUUUUUUCCGAAGAUCACUGUCCCUGGCCACCAGGGUUAGAGUUUUCCAAGCCAUUGUAGUCUCCAAGAUGCUUUACAAUGUGCAUACAUGGGCGGGCAUCAAGCCAGAGGAGCUUGCACACUGGAACAAUCACCUCAGAGGACCCAUCGCAUUACUGAUGAAAGGGGUCCUAGCCCCACAGCGCAAAUUUCGGCACCCUACUGACACUUUGAGUGCAUGGUGCGGCAUACUGCCCUUGCCACAGCAGGUGCACCUCAACAGGCUUCGAUUUGCCAAACGCUUGUUCCAGCGAUGCCCAGCCGUCACAUGGAGGUUGCUGAAUGCCCACCAAGGGCCCACCUCCUGGCUAGCUGCCUUCAUGGACUCCUGUAGUUGGAUGAAACGGCACUAUGACAAGCCGCAUUUGCUCCCACAAAACCAAUGCCUUCAGUCCUGGAUCCAACACAUUUGCCUUGACGAUCACUGGAAGGGAAGGGUUCGCAAAACUGGAAGACUGGCCCUCCACUACAACACGGCCCAAGCAGAACAUGCGAUUUGGCAGCAUAAUUUUGAGGCCACAAUGCAGCAGGCAGGUGCCACUUUGCCAGAAGACCCAGUGCCGUUUGCCACCCCCGACCGGUGGCAAUGUGAUCUGUGCUCAAAGGUCUUUACCAGUACCCGUGCCUUAGCCAUGCAUGCCAGCAGAGAUCAUGGAUAUCGCAAAAAGGUACGCUACUUUGCAGCUGGAGCCACUUGCCAUGUUUGCAAUACCCUGUUCCACACGCGCAGUCGCCUUGCCGUGCACUUUGAGCACAACACCAGAUGCUACGAGGUGGUCCAGGCCUGCCGGCCACCCAUGCCAGAAACAGAGGUCACCCAACUUGACCAGGCAGACAGGCUAACCGAAGCCUCCCUCCGAAAGCAAGGUUGGUGGGCAACAAAAGCGUUUUUGCCGGCAGUCAAAACCUGCGGCCCAUCGCUCCCUCCAGGAAGUGAUCCGGCCAGUGCACGGAUGUUUCAGAACAUGUUAACCCGCAGGCCAACAGAUGCAGCUGCCUACCAUCAGUUGCAAGGGCGCAGGGUCUCUGCUGCACCAGCAAAUGCCCCUAGCCUGUGGUGGCAAAACUCAGACCUUCCCGCAUUCGUGAUGCAUUCCCCCCAGGGGAUUGAUGUGGGGGGCGGAGCAUUCAUGAUGGGAGGCUUAGCCAAAGAGGCGGCCAUGCUGCACAUCCGUGCGCUUGUGGUCGUGCAUUUCUUUUCAGGUUUCCGUCGCGACCAUGACAUUCAUCAGAUUGUCGAACAGCACAACCUGGAACAUGCCACACAGCUCUUCGUGCUGUCGGUCGAUUUAUGCAUGCAAAGACAGCAUGCAGACCUCGCCACACACAAGUCACUUCAGUGGUGGAAGCAACGAGCGAAGUCUGGACAGCUCGUAUCAAUCGGGGGCGGCCCACCUUGCGAAACGUACACGGCAGCAAGGCAGAAUGACGGGCUAGGCCCUAGGCCUGUUCGAUCGGCCACAGAACCCCAGGGCCUGCCGGGGCUAACAUGGAAGGAAUGGCAACAAAUCCACAUCGGAGACAGGCUCUUGCGCUUCAUCCUCGAGAUGCUCCUCCUGAUGUCCAUCCUGGGCUACAGUGGCUUUAUCGAACAUCCUCAGUUUCCUACGUGGGAGACCAGCCACAGCCUGACCAGUAUCUGGUGCUUGAAAGCGAUCCGAUUGAUGAAAAGGCUCAUGUGUGUCAGCCUAGUUUCGUUCGAUCAGUGCGUCUGUGGCGCAGCAGGUCGCAAACCGACCACGCUCCUCCUGGUGCGCCUGCCGGCCAUCCGAAAACGCCUUCUUCAGCUGGGUAACUCUGGCAGAUGUCACCACGCUGCCGGAACACAUCAAGCGCUGAUUGGGAAACAGCAGGACGGCUCCUUCCAAACGGCCAAAGCCAAAAUUUACCCUGCCCUCAUGAACGAGAUCAUUGGCAAGGCAAUGCAUGAUUUUGCCCUGGGGAUGGCGCAUCCGAGUCUUGCCACGGACCUCCCCCAGGAAUUAGAAGUGUACACAGUGCAGCAGUUCAUGGACCGUACAGUCGUCCAACCCGACUACCACGGGAGUUAG